CCAAUAUCAAGCUAACAUAUCACUCAAUAACACAAUAACAACCCAAAAGACAAGAAAGCCAAACAAAAUCAAGACAGAGAACAAGAGACAACAAGAAAAAGAGAAAAGAUGAACCUCCUCACCCUCCUCACAACCCUCACCCUCACCUUCACAAUCACCACCCUUGCCAUCAAAGACCCAACACCAACCACCCUCAUCCCCAGCACCACCGCUCUCUCUUCCUCCCCCGCCUCAUCCUCCGCCCCCGCCAACUCAGAAUACGACACCUGUCCGCCCUCCCACCGCUCCAAACAGUGCUGCACCUCCAUCAACGGCAUCACGGAGUCCAUCUUCGGCGAGAUCGGCAAGGUGAUUCCUAUCCUGAAGGAUGUGAAGGUUUCUUCGAGUGCCGCAUUUGACUGUAAAGGGAUGAAUGACAAUGACUCCCAUGAUCAGUGUCUUACGGACGUUAUGUGUUGUGAUGGGGUUUCGAACAAUUUGGACCCAAAAACCUACAAAAUGCAUUGCAAACCCUACGAUAAAGCCAUCAAAGACAAAGCCAAGAGCGAGAAACAAAGUCACGAUCAUCCCCUCGCCGAUGCGCUGGCCAACGCCAGUUCCGCCAAUGAUUAUUGGAACGAUAAUGAAGCGAGUUCUACGCCUGUUUCGACUCCGUUGAGUGGGCAGGGUCGGACUCCUGGGGUGGGGUCUGCUGCUGCUGCUGCUGCUACGCCUACGCCUGGUGAGGAUUAG